AUGCUUCGCAGACGCGUGCGCGGUAAACAGACUGUAAGAGGGGAUGAGAAGCCUGGAAAGCGGCCUGCAGCUGCAACGCCUGCAAAGAGUCGCUCGGUCAGACGCCGCCCUGCAGUGAACAGCAGGCCAGGAAGCAAGACUCAUGUUCGCAAAGUUGUGAAAAGCAUGGUGCCCAAGUCCCGUACAAGUUACGCCAUUUUCGUUGAGGAGCAGUAUCCCUUGGUGAAGGCUGCUCUUUUCCCCGACCUUGGGCAAGGCAAGUGCACACAGCAGGGUUGUCGUCAAGUGGUUGCUCACAUUGCCAAGGCUUGGAAUCAACUGGGGGAAGAUGAGGCAAGUUACUACAAAGAGCAGGCUCAGUUGGAAUGCCGUGAGCGGCAAGAGGCUAUGCAGGGCAUCAUUGGCGGGAACAAUGCAGCUCAGGACCAAGUCUGCCGAGAAGGGCAGGAGCACGUGCAGGUUGGGCCUUUCGAGUACAUCAGUGGGGCUGAGGUUCUGACAAGAGGAACAUGUGCUUCAGUGUACCUUGUGCGGCACAGCUCUUUGAGAAGCCAGGCACGAUCAGUGGUGUAUUCUUCGCAACAGAAUUACCGCUACGAGCUACAGGGCUUAAAACUGCUGCGUGAGUCGUUGGACCUGGAGGCAGAUGUCCAUCUGGAUGAUCUGUACGUGCGGGUUCUUCAUUUUAGUGACACAGGACCAUGCCCAACAAUUGUGCAGGAGAUGCUUGAGCCACUGGAAGCAUCUCGCUUCGUGAAGCCUGAGUUCAAGGAUGUCGUGGUUCAGAUGUGCCGAUCCCUGGCGCACCUGCAUGCGCAUUGCAUUUUGCAUCUGGACGUUCGCCCCAAAUCCUGGCUGUUCAACCCCAUGUCCAAGAUCGCUAAGCUCAGCAACUUUCACGCGGCCAUGCGAGUGGAGUCCAUCAAUGAGCCCACCCGUCUAGAUUAUCACCCGUAUGCACAAGCCCACCGGGCGCCCGAGCUCCACUGCCCUAUUGCAGCUGUCCAGGUCUCUUGGCGCACGGAGUCGUGGUCUUUGGGGACCACCGUUGCAGAAAUUGCAAGUGGUGUUGGCGUGUUCUCGUCUGUGGGAGAGAUGCUCAAUUUUGAAGCCCGUGGCCCCGAGAAUGUAAAAUCAAACAGGGCACUGCAGUGCCUGAGCCCAGGAGUGCGCAUGGCUUUGCUUUCCUUGGUAGCUCGUGAAGCGGAGAGACUUUCUGUAAGUCAGUUCGUCCAGCAGAAAGACUUGCUGAACCACUUUGAAGAUGUAGGAAGCAACCAUCCAGGCGUUGCUGAUUGA